UGUUGCUAUUAUUUGAUAUGUCGUUGGCCGAUAUCUGCAGUUAUUGAGAGAGAUGUCAUUUAUAUCAGUGUUUACUAGUUAAAUAAUAGUCAUAUUAAACAUCACUGACGCCAGGAUGGCUGCAGCAAGAUUGCCACCUCUGUCAGGAGGUAACAUGGUAGCAGUUGGCCCGCAGUUUGAUGGGAUGUUAGGAACGAUGUACAGGUUAGACGACCAACAUCACCCUCUUCCUCCCCCAAGAUCUCUGAAGCCCUACGUGGAUACAAAGGCAGGAGAACUGGAAAUAUGGCCGUCCCACGCGAGUGGUCAGGACGUGCCCACCACCUCGGCCAUGCUUACCAAGAGUAAAGGACUUGUUCUCAUCAGUGACGAAGAGAUGGGCAAACCUCAACUAAUACCGAAACCACGCUUCCUCGAGCAGCUGGAAUCGUUUGUCAAGAAGGAGUUACGGGCCUUGAAUGUGAUGGAGGUGAAACCAAGUGAACUCAGACUCCAGGCUUAUCGAGAAGUGUUUGAAUACCUGAUUGAGAACUUCAAAACGUACAGGUCGCUUCUGGCUGCUAUAAAGAAUGAAUAUGAGAUGAUGUUAGCGUACCAGAGACAGCAAAUACGUGAACUGGAGCCACUGCGGCAAAUGCUGGUUACAGUUUCGGAACAGUGUGACCAGAAAAUCAUGGCCUUGAGAGAUGAGGAAAAGAAAGAGAUCCUUGACCUGCGGCAGGCGAUCAAGAAGCAGUCCCAGGAGAUGUCUGCGAUGCAUAACGAGAAGCUCGACCUCCAGAAGCAGGUGGAGCGGCUGCAGGACGAGCUGGAGGAGCUGUACCACCAGUACCGCAACGAGUGCGACGCCCGCAAGCUGCUCAUCACCGACAUCAACGACCUGCGCUACCAGCAGGAAGACUACCUCAUGUCCAAGCAGAACCAGCAAGACACACAGACCGCCGCCGACGACCCUGUCAUAAUGAAGACCGCACUCAAGAAAGCCCGUGAGGAUGAGAAGGCAGCCACCCAGCGACUGAAUGAGAUGAUUGCUAACUACGGAGACGUAAUUCCUCGCAGAGAUUUCGAAGCCGUAGAAACAAAGUGCAAGCAACUUGACGAAAAGUACCUGCAAGUUCAAGGAGACUUCAAAAAGCUUCAUGCAGAACAUGAAGCCCUGCUGGAUGUCAAUAAACAGGUCACUCAGCAGAGAGACCAGUUCUACGUGGAGCUAGAGACUCUCAAGAGAAGCUCCACUCCAAGACCUGACUGGGACAAGUGUGCCGACUACAUCAGCGGCGGCAUCGUUCACUGGCGCCAACUGGCCGAGAACAAGAGCAGCAACGAACUCGUUGAUGUGCUUCUCACCGAAAUCGGCUCAGGUGGCAUCGUUGACUCAGGUGGAGCAGACUAUUUUGAUGCACUGGGUACAGGUGACGAUGUACCGGUCUACCUGCGGUAUGAAGGCCAGGUCCGUAACAGGAAACUCGGCAAACGUGACUGUGCUCUUCUCAUCCGUGACAUCUGGAGGGAGAAGGGGGCCCAUGAUGCUCAGAAAGCUGACGGAAUCCGUGAGAACAUGGCCGAUUUCCUGCACAUGUAUCUGAAGAGACGAUUCGCGCUGGACCAGAUGGUUGUGGAGUGGGGCUAUAAUCUGGAAGACGCGUGCAAGCGCUACGAAAACGAUGAAAACAUCGGCCAAUUCUACGGGAUAUUGACCGGCAAAAUUGAUGAAGAAACAUUCCACGCUCAGAUCCAACGAGUUCAGCAACUUAUCACAGCUCUCACAAAAGCCGAUGCUGAUCACGGUAACUUGGGAAAACUUCCGAGAGACAUUUUCAAAAAAACACUGGAAGAGUUUUUUGAAGGAAUUUCUGAAGAAGGAUUAUUAACAUUUGUGAACGCAGCAGAAGUGGAGCUGGAUGCGAAAGAGUCACAGGAAUUUGAGUACAAGAAUCUCUUCAUGGAGGAUGACGAAGGCAAGUGUACUUCAUUCCUGGAAGCAGUUUAUAAAUACUGGAAAGAGCAGAAGCAGAAGUAUGUGGAUGACAUAAAACAACAGCUAGAGGAUACCAACCCUGUUUCAGUGGACGACCUGCGGCGUGCGAUAAUGCUGGUCGAUCCCGAGAUCUCAGACACCCAGGUGGCGGGCUAUCUGUCGUGGGUGUACCAGACACCCACCGAUAAGAUUUUUGACGCAGACCCUCUGGAUGUGGCUGUUGUGGUCGAGAGAUUGUUAAAUGGAAAUGUGUUGAGAGUGGGCAAACACACAUAGGCAGGAGGAUUCUACUUUAAACAUUAACUUUAUAAAAUGGGGAGGGGUGCAUGGCUCACAUUGGAAAUAAUCUUGUUUUAGCUCAUUUUGAGAUAUGUAGAGUAUGUCGUUAAAAAAUAUUACAAAAUGGCUGAUUUAAACAAAAUUGUAUUAGCAAUAUACUAAAUGUUGUGGCCACUCUUUUUUAAUGAAAAUUAACAAUUGACUAAUUUGCCAAUGUACAGGGUGAGCCCUGGGAAUGUCAAGCUUGGAAAUGGUUAAAAAAAAAAAAAAAAAAAAAGCUCAGUUUUGGGAAGAUUUUAUUUGAAAAUGUUGGAAUUUUGUUACAAGAUGUCAUAUUUUGGUUGACAUUACCUUUAGAAAAACUCAAUUCAUUUAGGAUAUCAGCAUUUGGAUUUGAGUCUUGCUGAGGGUAUCAAGUUUCCUUGUAGCAUCGCCAGAUCAUAUCCAAACAAUUGCUGGUUCAGUUUUGAGAAGAAUUCAUGCAGUGCUAUUGGAUAUUUCAGGACUGGCACUACACUUCUUUAAUAUGUUGAUAUAGAACUGUAAUCAUGGUUGAGUUGAGUAAUCUUAUUAACGUGCCUCUAUCCAAACAUAGUUCAGGCACGUCUAUCCCAUGUCCAGUCUGUAGCAAGGCCAGCGGCUGAGCAUUGGUCAGAAAGGUAAUUAUUUAUAUAGGGUCAAUUUUGAAUUAAUUAAAAUGGGGAAAAAAGGGAUAAAAUUUUGUUGGUGUGAGCCAAAACCAAAACUGCAAACUGAUAUAUACCUAAUUUUAAUAUUAAUUAUUUGAUGCUUUAAUUUUGAUGGGCUAUCGAAAUUUAUAAUAAUUUAUACUACUCUUGCUUAUGCCCUGGAGGAUUGUUAGGAAAGGGUUUGGGCCUUCCUCCACAGAAAAAAUGAGUAAUCAUGGUAAAUCUGUGAAUACAUAAUUGCUUUUAAUACUUACUGUACUAUUUUUGUUUUGGGUUCAGUAUUGAUUACAAAUUCACCCAACUUGAUGAGGUACAAUACUCUCUUGGAUGUGUGCUCUUAUUUCCAUAGAAAAUCUGGCUUUAAGGGGUAAUUCACUUCGUAAGAUAGAGGCAAUCUUUAUUCCUGAUAAUAAAUUAAUAUAUAUCAUUGGGUGGAAUAGCCUAUUCCAAUGAAAGAUUAUGUUUUUCCCCUCAACAGCAUGAUAAAAAACCUAGUAAAUUGUAAAUAAACUCUAAAAACAUAAUUUUUUCCAUUAUCACUUAAUUUAUUAUAAUGUUCUUGUUAUCUGUGGCGUGUUUGAAACCCUAGUAGUAUAUGAGCACAUUAAACUAGUUACCUGGACCUGUUAUCUAUGAAAAGAUCAUACUUUCAAAAAAAGGUAUUAACUUCAAUUUCAAGUGAUAUAAAAUUAUUAAGUCUAGGGUUUUUUUAAAUGAUUAAAAAAAACAUUUCUUGUUAGUCUACAUUGACAUACUUAUGCACUGACGUUUCUGCCAUCUAACCUCAGCUUGUAGUUCAUGUGGUUAUAUACAUUUAGUCCAUAGGAGCUGCAAACAUGGAAUAUGUUGGCAGUACAUGCAUAGGGAUGACAGGAAUGUGUGUGUUGGGAUGGGAGGAAAUGCACUUAGUGAGAGGUCAGGAUAAGUAUUCAUGAAAGGAGUAUAAACUCAAAAAAAAUUCUUCAAUAUACAGUGUAGUCUCUCAAGAUUAGCACUGUUAGUAAUUAGUUUAUUUACAUGGGUUUGUGGCCAGCAUUUUUUGUCUUAGACAUUUGCAAACAAAAGGGUAUAGUUAUACAUUUGCAAAAUAAGCACAUUAUAUUAUUCAUGAGACUAAAUGACGCAUUAGCAGCCACCUAGCAAAAUCUGGAUCUAUAAAAAAAUCAGGCACAUAAAUGCAAUUACAAUACACAUUGCAUUUAUAAAAUAUAUUUAUCACUGUGAAAUUAUAUAAAUUACAUGUGCAUAUUUUUUAUUUACUUUUUAUACUACAUGUAUUUAGAUCAAAGUUAAAGUUUGUUUUG